AUGAAGCUAGAUGGCCCCUCAGCAACAACAACCGCAGUAGCUGCGUAUCUGCGCCCUGCUUUGCGCAUCAUCUUCUCAAUUGGCACCAAUUCAGGCAAUUUACCGGCCGCCGAGGAACGACGAUCGGCCCAUCGUGCCUGUUUAUCUGUUUGUCACCAGUUAGCAGUCCCGAAUCUUCAACCUAGCGCGUCGGCCGUCGCAGUAGCCGUUUGCGUGAAGUUAGCCUCCGCUACGCGUGGGAGUUUCGCCAAAACGGCCUGA